GAAAUCAAAACGAACCGGAAGUUACAUGUAUGACAAACGGGCUGGAGUGUAGAAACUACAGGAACAGGAAGUGAGACGCAGGCAUAUACACUUUCUGUGUGAUCUCAGAAGUUACUGUGGUUACUUUCUUUUGAUUCGUAUUUUUAGUAUUUGCUGGUUACCAGAAGCUUCCACUAAAGAUGACGCUGCAAUGGACUGCUGUGGCCCUCUUUCUCUAUGUGGAGAUGGGCAUUCUUGUCAUCCUCUGUUUACCCUUCAUCUCAGCCAGGAGGUGGCAGAGUAUUUUCCAGCUGAGGAUCUGGAGUUGUGUGACGAGGUUCUGGAACAAAGUGUUUCUCACAAUGAUCAUUAUACUCAUUGUUCUCUUCCUUGAUGCAGUGCGUGAGGUGAGGAAGUAUUCAGCUCAAGAACUUGGCACGGAUGCCAAGCUACAGCCGAACAUGUUCGAUCACCUGCACAUGAAGCUUUUCAGAGCCCAGAGGAACCUCUACAUCUCUGGCUUUGCUGUCUUUCUCUGGCUGGUCAUGAAGCGAGUGGCCACCUUGAUAAACCAACUGGCAUCAUUGUCUGGCAGUACGGCUGCUCUUCAGGUGCAGGCUGACAAUGCAAACCAGGCUGCCAAGAAAUACACAGAGGACAAUGAGCUGCUGAAACAGGCUCUGAUGGACGGGAAGGGUGAUAAGGCGACUGCAGAGGGCAUGGAGCUGUUGAGAAAAGAAGUGGAGAAAAUGAAAGAAGAGCUGAAGACCCAAGGAGAUGCUCUGGAGAAGUCCCAGUCCGAGGCAGAUGUAAUGAAGAAGCAGACAGAUGGUCUCGCCAGGGAGUACGACAGACUGCUGAAAGAACAUCAGGUGCUCCAGAACCUUCAAGAUGGUGGAGACAAAAAGGAAGACUAGUUAUCGUAAAUUCCUUUAAGAUUAACUUUAACCCAAUCACGAGAGCGCCACUGCAACACAUGCUUUACCCCCAUAUUACACGCUGUGUCACAGUGCAUAUCCACAACUCCAGAAUUGGCUACUCUUAAGCCUUUCGCUGAUCACAGCAUAUGUGUUAUUAAAGCAUGGAGUUACAUUUGUUUUUCAGGACCUCAGACUGGCUUUUAUGGUUUAUUUGAAGUAAUGUUGAUGGUGUACUGUUUAUGACUGGUGCUGUGUGAUCUGGAGUAGUGCUUUUUUCUAGUGAACACUCGAGGGAUUGGAAUUGGAGAGUUCAGCCAGUAAUCGACCCGCGUCUGAUCACAGAGCACUUCAUAUUUUACAGAAUUAUGCUGUUUUAUGGAUUGUGGCAUUAGUUUUGCAAAGGUCACAACGUAGGGGCCAUGAUUUGUGGAAAGCUUGAGCAGUGACCGCUAUGAAUGUAUUUUGAUACCAAGGAUUUGCUUUUUUGUUUCUGUUGUAGGGACACCUCCCACUUUAACAACAGUAUGCAAAGUCUGUGCUCGCAUGGCUGUGCAAAUAUAAUUUGCAUGUACAGUUGCACUUCACAUAUUUUUUCUUUAUUCCAGCUGUACUUUUAAACACAGGUACUUUUGAACACAAGUUGUGGUGUGUAGGAUUAUGGUUGGAGAUUUCCAACAUACAGUAAAUAACUCUUUCUCUUUUGGUUUCCUCCUUUAGUUUAAUUUUGUAAACUUUAUUUGUUGAAGAAAAUCUGACAUCAUAGAUCGGUGGAUGAAACUAAAUAUCUGUAGGGAUAGAAACCCUAUGAUCGAACUGAAGGUUUACAUGUUUGAACGGUCCAAAUUGUUGUAUAUUUGCUGCACUUUGUGUUUCAUGCGCUAGUUGGGGUGAGAGUUGAACCAGGGGAGUUGUGCUGUGUGCUUCCUGAAAGGAGCUUUUUUUUUGUUAUACCACCUUUAUACAGCGAGAGCCUUGUAACUUAAAGAGAAACUAAGGUUGUUGUCAACAGAGGCCUAAUGUUCCCCAACAAUUUUUUAUAAAUAAAUACAAUUAUUGGGCUUACCAAAGUUACUUUCAGUUUGCAUAAACGCUUUUUAAGUUGUUUGGAAAUCAGAGGAAAGUGCCUUUUAGGUCGAUGUUCACUUUGUUAAAUAAAGAUAUGUUUCUUUA